GUACUUCAGAGAAGAACUUGACAUGGAUGAAUAUGAAGAAACCAAAAAGGAAACUCUGGAGCAACUAAGUGAAUUUAAUGAUUCACUAAAGAAAAUUAUGUCUGGAAAUAUGACUUUGGUAGAUGAACUAAGUGGAAUGCAGUUGGCUAUUCAGGCAGCUAUCAGCCAGGCCUUUAAAACCCCAGAGGUCAUCAGAUUGUUUGCAAAGAAACAGCCAGGUCAGCUCCGGACAAGGUUAGCAGAGAUGGAUAGAGAUCUGAUGGUAGGAAAAUUGGAAAGAGACCUGUAUACUCAACAGAAAGUGGAGAUACUGACAGCUCUCAGGAAACUUGGAGAGAAGCUGACUGCAGAUGAUGAGGCCUUCUUGUCAGCAAAUGCAGGUGCUAUACUCAGCCAGUUUGAGAAAGUCUCUACAGACCUUGGUGAGUGCCCUCAUAUUUCUGAUCAUGGAGAACAUGGUUGAGAUAACAUGAUGACUUUUCUGGCUCAGCGCCCAUAGCUCGGUGAAUA